CAGGUGCAUGUCACAUAGCACUCGCCAGGUUUAGACAAAUCCAUGUUUACGUAGCGGUUUGUUGAAUUUUGAAGAUGUUUUAAAGUGAUAUAAGUUAGCUUGUCUGAUUUGUAAUGGCGACCGUGGAUAACGAAUUUCCUCACAUUUUCCCCACAAUGGCCUCCUGCUCAUCGGUUGGAGAUAAUCAGCUGCAGAGGAUAAUCAGAGAUCUCCAUGAUGCUGUCUUGGAGUUGAGUAAGGAACACAGGGAGUGCGGUGAACCCAUAACUGAUGAUAGCGCCAACCUGCACAAGUUCUUCUUUAAAUUAGAAUACCUGCUACAGUUUGACCAGAAAGAGAAAACAACCUUUCUUGGCCAGAGGAAAGACUACUGGGAUUACUUCUGUGACUGCCUGAUUAAGAUCAAGGGAGCUAAUGAUGGCAUCCGUUUUGUUAAGUCCAUCCCAGAGUUGAAGACGUCGCUGGGGAAAGGAAGGGCCUUUAUCCGCUACUCACUCGUUCACCAGCGUCUUGCAGACACUUUGCAGCAGUGUCUAAUAAACCAGAAGGUCACAAGUGACUGGUAUUAUGCCCGGAGUCCAUUCCUCAAGUCCCACCUCACUGCUGAUAUAAUCAACUAUCUUUACGAGCUCAACCAGGUCCAAUUUGAUGUGGCAGCCAGAGGUUACGAUCUCGAUGCGGAUUGGCCAGCAUUUGCAAGGCGAACAUUAGGUACUGCCUCACCAGCUUUGCUGUGGAAGCCUCCGAGUCGCUGCUCCAGCAUCAACAGUCUGGUUAGCAGCUAUUCACAAUCACAGGCUCAGGAGUUUCUUCCAAUCCCAGACUUGAGUCACAGUCUGCUUGGAGAACUGGGAGAACUGGGGGAACCGUCUCCUUGCAGCAUUGCGGAGAAUCUUCGCAUUGAGCUUGACCAAUCUGAGCUCAGACAGCAGGAGCUCCUGGUACAGGUUCAGGAGCUGGGCAAAGAGGCUGACGAGCUGAAAGGUGUGGUUAAAGAACUUCAAGGAGAGCUAGCAGCCCAGAAGUCAACAUUAACAGAAGCUCAAAGUAACCAAGAAGCAGAUAAUCGGGAGAGAACAAAUCACCUUCACACCUGUAGGGAAGCAAUAAACAGUGAACUUAAAGACAGACUCACGGCUGCUGAGAACAAAAACAUGGAACUUCUCUCUAAGUUGGAUGAAGCUCUUAAAGAGAAGGGCCAACAAACAGCAAGCUACUGUGACUCAGCCUGGAAAAUCCAGGAGCUCCUGGAUAAACUUAAGACAGCAGAGGAGGGGAGGCUGGAGGCAAGGAGAGAGGCUGAAGAAAGGGGCAGGCACUCUGAGCGUCUAUCACAGGAACUCAAACUCAGGGAAGAAGAGUUGAGAAACAGUGAGGAGAAGCUCGCUGAAGUAAAAGCUGGAGCCUGCGACGAACGGGAGGAAGCACUCAAGCGGUUGGAGGAGCUUCAAGGGGUUGUUGGUCGCAUUCAGGGAGCGUUGAGUUUGAAAGAGAAAGAGACGGGAAACUUGAGAGCCCAACUUCUGGAUGUGCAGGCAUCACUGGAGUGCAGGGAACGACAAGCAGAGGAACUAAGGAAAAGACUGCAGGAAGAGAAGGAGGAAGUAGAACAAAGGUGUAGCAUGAGUAGUAGCCAGAAUGAGGAACUCGAGAGCCUGAUCCUGGAUUUAAGAAAGACUCUGAGAAACAGAGAGAAAGAAAUAACUGUUAGUUCAGAGAGAAUAAAACACUUAGAGGAGCAGGUGGAGAAGCUAAAUGUUGAGAAAGAAAGUCUGAGCUCUACACUUACUGAAAAUGAAAUCAGUUCUUGUGAUCAAACCGAGAACAUUGAGGACUACAAAACUCAAUGCAACAAUCUCAUGGAAAUAAACACUAAGCUACUCCAAACAGUCAAGAAGAGUGAGGAGAGAAUUACAGAGCUGACAGAGAGCAGGACAGCCUUGUUGGAUCAGCAAGCUUCUUUGAGGGCUUCUGAGAAGCACUUGAAAGGUAGAGUAGAGGCUACAAAUAUGUGUGUGGAGGCCCGGGAGAAGAAGCUUCUAGAUGAAAACCUCCAUUUAGAGGAGACUGUUGAGAAGGCACUUGUACAGAAGGAAGAAUCAGAUGCUCAAUUAAAGACAAGAGAGCAUGAGAACAGGGAACUUCUUGAGGUUCAGUCAUUGUUGAAGAAACAGUUAGCUAGAACUCAACAAGAGUUGGACUCUCUUACCACCAAAGCAGGGGACUUGGAGAAGAACUUCACAGUGUCCCAAAGAAGCCAAGCAGAGCUACUUGAAAAACUCCAGGAAACUGAGGCUAAACUCAGAGACCAGACUGUCAAGUGUGGGCUUCUGCAGGCUCGAGCAGAGGAACUGGAGAGCAGGACCGGAGAGCUGCAUGAUGAAAAGGGUGCUGCAGAGAGCAAUGAAAAAAUGCAGAAGCUUCAUGAUGAGCAUCAGAGUUCCUCAUUGGAAACCAAAGAGGCCCCAUUCAGGCUGGUGAUUGCUGAGGCUCAACUGGAGCUCAACCUAAGGGAGGUGCACCGGCUCCGGGAAGAGGUGGUGGAGCUCAGGGCGCAGCUUUUAGCAGGAACUGAGGAGAGGAUGAAAGUUCAGGCCCUGCAGGAGGUGACGGAGGCCUCCAGAGAGGACCUCCGUGUUUUAGCAGAACAACUCAAAGCCCAGGUGGAGGAGCUAAACCGCCGGCAUGUGGAUGAGAUUCUUCGUUCCCGGGAGCGAGAGGAGGCUCUUAUCCGUGAACGAGAUGGUGAGGCUCAGGCUCGAGUGAGUCUGGCUGCAGAGGUGACAGCCUCCAGAGAGGAGCUAAAUAAACUGAAGCUGCGAUAUGAAGCCUUGUGUCUGGAGACCAGCGAAUCCAGGGAGGCGCUUCAUAGAGCCAACACAGAAACAGCUGAGCUCGGUGUGCAUGUUUGUAUGCUAACUGCUGAGAAUGAAGAAGCACGUCUGCGCUGGGAGGGCCUGUCAACAAGGCUGCAAGAGCUGGAGGACGAGGCUUCUCAGGAAGCUGAGAGGCUGAAUCGCUGCAUGGAGGAUUUACGCCAAGAGAACCAGCGACUCCUCAAUCAGCUCCAUAACGAGGAAGGUCUGUUGGCAACUAAACAGGAGCUGCAGAAGCUGAGCAAGGCCCAAGAGGAUGCUGAAAUGUUAAAAGAGGCAAACCAGGAGGAGAUCCAGACACUCCAGAUCAAGCUUAGCAGCCAAGCCAUGAGCUAUGACAUCCAGCUCCAGAGUUUGAACCAAGAGUUAGAGGAAGUGAAAUUACAGCUGACGACUGAGCAGGAGAAAGUGGUCGAUCUGGAGAACAAGCUCAAAGAGCUAAAGGCUGAGAAUCAGAGAUAUUGCCAACAGAUUGAGGAGAAAAACAUCCAGAUGGCCGUGUCUGAAAAUCUCAUCCAGCAGAAAGAAGACGAGAUAAUCCAUCUGAAAGGGAAUUUAUCAAGGUCAGAGGAGAGUCUAGCAGCAGCUCAGCGGGCCUGUCAGGAGAUGAGUGAAAAUCUACGGAGAGUCACACAGGACAAACAGAGCAUUGAUCUUAAGACAGCUGCUGAGCUCGAUGACCUCUACCGCACCAAAAUCAAUUUAGAGGAAAGACUUGUAGAACUCAUCAGGGAGAAAGAUGCACUUUGGCAGAAGACCGAUGCCCUGGAGUUUGAGCAGAAACUGCGGGAUGAGGAGACGGAGAGAGACGUGAACUACUGUCUGGGCUGUCACAGUCAGUUCAGCUGGUGGCUCCGCAAGUACAACUGCCGACUGUGUGGGCGUCCCUUCUGCUACUACUGCUGCAGCAACACAGUGAGCACCCAACAGGGCGGCAACAGAGAGCGCUGCUGCAGGGACUGUUAUAACCAGCACAGUGCAGUAGUGGAGCGCCACCCAGAGGAGGAAUUGAGUAACAGCACACCAGGGACACCUUUCGGCCGUUUGCUGCAGGCUGGGAGAGCUGUGACCAGUGUCUCAGGAGCAGAUGAAGGUGACAAACCGGACGAUGGUGUUUUUGACAUCAUCACAGAGGAAGAAGUGAGUGGGGUCAGCGACUCCCUGUCGUUUUCCACCGCUUGCUCUCCUGGUCAUGGACAGCAGGGGGCAGCACAACUAAACAGCAGUGCCAGUGCGGGAGACAUCACAUCAGAGGAUACUGAGGACCUCAGAGCCGCGGUGCAGGAUGCAGAGAUUUGCCUGCUGAAAUCUGGAGAACUGACCCUUUCUGUCCACUUCACAAUCGAUGACAUCUCAGGGUUUGGGGACAGCUCCCGAGAGCUCUUCAUUAAGUCCAGUUGUUACAGCGCCAUCCCCAUCACCAUGAGCAAUCCUGGUACCACUGUUACCUGGACUUUCACCUCUGAACCCAAGAGCAUCGCCUUCAGUGUGGUUUACAGGGAGAGUACAGAGACGCCGCUGGAGCAGGCCAAGGUUUUGAUCCCACUGACUCGCUGUAAUUCCCACAAAGAGACAAUCCAGGGGGAACUGAAAGUCAGGAACCCUGGAGAAUACACACUCAUCUUUGACAACUCCUUCUCCAGGUUUAUCUCAAAGAAAGUGCUGUAUCAUUUGAGUCUCGACAAGCCUGUGGCCUACGACGGGACUGACUUCCUCUGAGCAUGGAAUGUAAGCAGGUGUCAAACUGACUUUUGAAACAUACAUUCAGGGUGUUUAAGCUCACGUGCAUGAUUUCAUUGCAACUGGGUCGGAGUCUACUGACGUUCACCAGCCUCACUUAAAGGUUCUGGCAUUGGUUCUGCUGCUUGUUCAUGAUGUGUUGCACACAAGAUGAAUUCUGAUCAUGGGACAGCUGAACAAAGGGUGAAAGCAAUGAAGUAUAACAAUGUUACGCUAGUGAAUGUGAGCAUGCAUGUGAGCAUGCACUACCUUUUCUAAAAGCUUGACGUUGUAGUUUACAUGUAGCAUUAAGGGCGUUGAACUUUAACGCUCGAUAAACAGAGGUUCAUCAAAUAUUUGAAUGUGAAGAAGCUGUGUGUGCGCACACAGAAUCCAGGUCUGUCAACAUCUACAGAUGUUGGUCAUGUGGCCAAAAUGAAGUUUUGUUCCCAUUAUUCGCCUCUCAUGAAUAUUACUGUGGUUAAAAUGGAAAUGAUGUGCUCUCUGCGCACUGACAACUGUCCCUCUAGGAGUGGGUGAAAUCCUUGAUGACGGUAUGUGUAACUUUAUGUUGUGAUAUCAAUAUUUAUCAUGAUUCAUUACAUUACGUGGAAAGCAAAGUUGAGGAGUUUGUUGUUGUCUGUGUUGACAACCUGAGACUAAAUCCCAACUCAUGCUAAGAUUUUAGUGCAUAAAGUUUGCUUUAGUUGCCUAGUUUAGUCCAUGUAGAAGAUUAUAACUAAAACCCUAAUUUAACUUUGAUAUUAACUGAAUUCGUUUUACUUUCUUAUACAUACCAUUAACAAACAAGUUCAUGUAACCGACUCUUUAAAUGGGUGUUUACCAGUCUGUUAUGUUUUGGUGGAGAAAUUCCUCACACUCUCUAAACAUGCACUCCAAUCUGUUUUUAAAGUUCACGCUUUAAAAACUUUUGCGAAGCUGCAGUACCAGAACAUAAUUCGGUUUUAACUGUGUUCUCGAAACAGGCUUUAAUUCAGCGCAGGGGUUCUGCUGAUUGCAGAUGAAGAAAGACAAGAAUGUGGUUUCUAUGCAUCUAAACACUAAGAAUGUGCACAUGCCUCCCCAGCUGAACCCUUAAAGGG